AUAUGUACGCAUAUGCUCCCCAGACUUAUCUGAAUAUAACCAGUAUCCCUCCCAACCUUCGUUGAGUAACUCUGCACCUUUACGCAUUGGUCUAAUGGGAGCGCCGACGGACACAACAAGCCCAAGCACCAGACUCCAACCACAAGAGUACAGACAGAUUCAUAUAUAUCUCGGAUCUCGGCUCUCCUUGACGCCUCAACCACGCCAUGGUGCAAGUGGUAGCACCGAGCGCACGAUCAGACGGCCACCCCGCAAAAGUCAAUUCAAAGGCCUCCCUCCUCCGAGAAGUCUCUUUUUGAUGUGGUGCAAUUUGCACUGUGUGGUUGGAUCGUGUGCCAUCAUUUGCCACAAGUGUACUUAUUGCAGGUAAUAGCUAUCGCGCGGAGUCGUGAACCUCUGAUGACAGACUGUCUGAUGAGAUAAUUGACAUACUCGGCUGACCAUCCUGCCUCUGGUGAAGGACCGAAGCCCGAUGAGAAAGCCUGGGAAAGCGAUAUGAAGAAAAGGCAUUCAGUGGACGCAUGUAUUCUGAUCCCAUCACAAAGAUAAUC